GGUCUCAUUUCUUGUGAAAUCGUCAGUCUGUCUGUCCCACUGCAGCAGAAAUGGCAGAAGCAAAUAUUCUUGUAGCACAUGACCAGUUUAGCUGUUCAGUGUGUCUGGAGCUAUUGAAGGACCCAGUCGCUAUUCCAUGUGGGCACAGUUACUGUAUGGGGUGUAUUAAGAACUGCUGGGAUGAGACUGAUCAUACAGGUGUCUACAGCUGCCCCCAGUGCAGAGAGACCUUUACCCCAAGGCCUGUUCUGCGCAGAAACACCAUGCUGGCUGAAGUCGUGGAGGAAUUAAAGAAGACAGGACUCAAUCCUCCUCCUGCUCAAAGUUAUGCUGGACCUGGAGAUGUGCCGUGUGAUUUCUGCACUGGGAGAAAGUUCAAAGCUGUGAAAUCCUGUUUGACGUGCCUGGCCUCUUACUGUGAAACACACGUCAAGCCACACUAUGAGGGGGCUGCUUUCAAGAGGCACAAGCUGGUCAAUGCAACUGGAAAUCUGGAGCAGAAGCUUUGUGCUGAACACCAAAAGGUUUUGGAGGUCUUCUGUAGAACCGAUCAGAUGUGUAUUUGCUUGUUGUGUACACAAGAUAAACACAAGAGCCACGAUACAGUCUCAGCUGAGAAAGAAAGGACUGGGAAACAGAAGCAGCUGGGAGAGACACAGAGAGAAAUACAGCAGAGAAUCCAGGAGAGACUGAAAGAAGUGAAGGAGCUCAAACAGGCUGUGGAGUCACUGAAAAGAUCUGCAUGCAUAGAAAUAAAGGAAAGUGAGAAGAUCUUUACUGAGCUGAUCCGAUCCAUUGAGAAGAUCCACACUGAGGUUAUUGAGCUGAUUGGAGCUAACGAGAAGGCUGCAGUGAAUCAGGCUGAAGGACGCAUGAAGAAACUGGAGCAGGAGAUUGCUGAGCUAAGGAGGAGAAAUGCUGAGCUGAAACAGCUUUCAGAGACAGAGGAUCACAUCCAUUUUCUACAGAAUUUCCAGUCUCUCUGUGCCCCUCCUGAAGCUGGAGACUUACCCAGCGUUACUGUCAAUACAGACAUCUCUUUUGGGGCCGUGAGGAAAGCUGUAUCUGAACUUAAAGACCAUAUUGAGGACUUCUGCAAGGGGGAAUUAGUCAAAAUAAGCACAACAGUGAAUGAAGUUGCAGUUUACAGUCUGCAGGCUCCAGAGCCAAGGAACAGAGCUGAGUUUUUAAAAUAUUCCUGUCAGCUCACACUGGACCCCAACACAGUGCAUAGAGAGCUCAGUCUGUCUGAAGGGAACAGAAAGGUGACACGGAGGAGAGAGACCCAGCGAUGUGCUGAUCACCCAGAGAGAUUUGACAGCUGGGCCCAAGUGCUUUGCAGAGAGGGUUUGUCUGGGACUCGCUGUUACUGGGAGAUUGAGUGGAGUGGGGGAGGGGCUUCUAUAGGAGUCACAUAUAAAGGAAUCAGCA